AUGAUAUCGCGCGUCAAUUGCGCGCAACAUAGCUACAUUGCAGGCAACAACCUGACAGGGUCUCUUCCUGCGUCCAUGUCACUGUUAACAAACCUCUGGGGCAUUGACCUACGGCGCAACAACCUCUCAGGACCUCUGCCUCCCUCUGCUUUCAACUGGUCCAUGUGGGCACUGUAUUUGUCGGAGAACCAGUUUGAAGGGGAGCUUCCAGCCUAUCUCGGCGACUUCAAUACAGAAAUAAUGGUGGACAGCACACUCACAUGCCCCGCUGACGGCACCAACUGCUCCUCCCAACUCAAGACGUUGGGCUCUGCACCUUAUCCCAACGACUUUUGCGGCCGCAUCUGCCCCUCCUUCUGCCUCACAUGCAUCGCCCCUCCAGAUGACACGGGGGGGGGUUUAGGGGGUGGUACAGGAGGGGGGCUGGGAGGGGGGCUGGGAGGAGGGGGGCUGGGAGGAGGGGGGUUGGGAGGAGGGGGGUUGGGAGGAGGGGGGUUGGGAGGAAUGCUUGGUGGGAGCUCAGUCGGUGGGGUUGAAAGUACCAAUGGCUUGGUGGGAAGGAGCAGGCUCGGAAGCAGCUUCGGAUUGCUGAGAAGCCGAGGCAUGGGGAAAGGAAGGAAGCGGCUGCAUUAG